AUGGCAGCAGCAGCAGCUUCACUGGACCGACCGCAUGAACAUGGCAUUUCGGCGGGGGAUUGGCCGGAUGAGCAUCUCAGUCCCAGACGUCUCUCGGUUGGCGGCGGUCAUGCACAUGUUCGAGAGCAGGGUUUGAAUACUGGUGUUCGGGUGAUGGACGACGGAAGAUUGGAUAUCAAGUUUCGCGAACAUAAGCCCUGGUUGCUGAAUCUGAUUAAGCAUCUUGAACGGUACCCGAAACCUUUGCGCGAAGACCGAAGACCGUCGGUUAUGUCCACGGAAGGACAGGACAAGUUUCCCUUGCGUUUGAACAUCGUUAUCCACGUGGUGGGCUCUCGCGGCGACGUACAACCAUUCGUUGCGCUGGGGAAGGAGCUACAGAAGCAUGGGCAUCGGGUUCGACUGGCUACGCAUCUUGCCUUUCGUGAAUAUAUCAAUGAAUCAGGGCUGGAAUUUUUCAGCAUUGGAGGCGACCCCGCAGAGUUGAUGGCUUUUAUGGUAAAUAAUCCUGGGUUGAUGCCGGAUAUGCGGACGAUACGCAGCGGCGCAAUCCCCAAGCGCCGUCGUGAAAUGAAGGCGAUUUUUUCCGGUUGCUGGCGCUCGUGCUUUGAAACUGGGGAUGGGACGGGCAUGCAUCAUAUCAAGGAGGAUCCGUGGAGUGACACCCCAGAUUGCAACACGCAGCCGUUUGUCGCCGACGUUAUCAUUGCAAACCCGCCUAGUUUCGCGCAUCUGAGCUGUGCAGAGAAAAUGGGAAUUCCGGUAAAUAUGAUGUUUACGAUGCCAUGGUCGGCGACACAAUCAUUUCCACACCCAUUGGCCAAUAUCCGAGCCCGUAAUACCAAGCCAUCCGUUGCAAACUUUGCGUCAUAUGCUAUCGUCGAGGUGAUGCUAUGGGAAGGGCUUGGUGACCUGAUAAAUCGCUUUCGAAAGAGGGAGCUGGGCUUAGAUCCUUUGGAUGCCAUCCGGGCUCCGAGUAUCGCCCAUCGGUUGCAAAUACCAUAUACCUACCUUUGGUCUCCGGCCCUCCUCCCCAAGCCUCAGGACUGGGGCGAAAACAUCGACGUCUGCGGGUUUCAGUUCCUGGAGAGCGACACGAGCUACCAGCCACCCGAUGAUCUCGAUGCAUUUCUCAAAGCUGGUGACCCCCCGGUGUAUAUCGGUUUUGGUUCCAUCGUAGUCGACAACCCCGCCAAGUUAACAGAAAUUGUAUUCGAGGCUGUCCGCCUAACGGGGAAAAGAGCGCUCGUGUCGAAGGGGUGGGGAAAUAUCGGAGAAGGAAGAGCUGAAGUACCCGAGGAUGUCAUGCUUUUGGGGAAGGUUCCGCACGACUGGCUCUUCCAGCAUGUUUCAUGUGUUGUUCACCAUGGUGGUGCAGGCACCACUGCCGCCGGGCUGGUCCUGGGUCGUCCAACGGUAAUUGUACCCUUUUUCGGCGAUCAGCCAUUCUGGGGGUCGAUCGUGGCACGCGCAGGGGCUGGGCCACACCCGGUGCCAUAUAAACAAUUGACCGCCGAGAAAUUAGCAGAAGCAAUCAACAAAGCUCUGGAACCAUCUACGCUAGAAAAGGCCGAGGAGAUAGGCAAAGCUUUCAUCAACAUCUGGAUUUGCGCAGCCUACGGUGCGCUAUAUGUCCUACCCGUCCGGCGAUACCGCUCCAAGCAGUACGACACGAACCGUGACCCGCGAGGACCGCUUUCCGCCGGUGCUGAGGUGCUUUACGGUGUUGUCAGUGAUUUUAUCAGUGGCCUUGCCACUGUGCCUACUGACCUGGCCGGAAUGCUGUCGAAGGAAAACCGCAAAAGGAAGCAUCAUCAUCAUCACAGCCACCAUAUCGGUAGCCGAGAUUGGGUAAAGUCACACUGUACGGCAGGCCUAGAGCAGGCAAAAGAGCAAGAAAGGGAGCGAUCAUCCAAUGAGCAUGGCAAUGGCCCCAGUCGUCCAGACCGAUCCGAGAGCGAUGAUAGAUCAUCCGUGUCAGAAUCCGAAGUUGAGUCCGGCAGUGACAGUGAAUACGCUUCAGCCGAGGAAGAUCAGUCGGACAGCAGUAGCGCGGAUACAGUCGUUGAUGACUCCGAUGAGGCUGUGAAUGAGCUCGAUCUUGAACGCACGCUGACCCGGAAACGAGCUAAAGAACAGAAAACUGGGGCACAAGAGAUUCUAGCAGAAACAGGCUACCAUACCUCAAAGUUCGCAAAGCAAGUCCUUAAUUUUGCGAUCAUGCUACCCACCGAUUUGACACUUAGCUUAGCCAAGGGCUUCCAUAACGCACCAAAGUUGUAUCAUGACACCACAGUACAAAGGAUUCCGAGAGUACGCAAUGUGAAAAGUGGCUUUCGAGCAGCUGGCACCGAAUUCACAGAAGGUUUCUACUACGGCGUUACUGGCCUUCUUACGCAGCCUGCUCGGGGCUUUCAGAAGUCUGGUGGUAGAGGCUUGGUGAAGGGGGUUGGAAAGGGAGUAGGUGGGGUGUUUCUCAAACCAGCUGCAGGCAUCUGGGGACUCGCAGGCUUCCCGCUGGACGGAUUACACAAGAGCCUUCGCAAUUCCCUCACGAAGAAUAAGACGAAGUACAUCCUACGGUCGCGACUGGAACAAGGUAUCCAGGAGAUGUGUGUCGCAUCACCGGAAGAGAGAGCCAUUGUAAUUAGGAAAUGGCGUGAGCUGGAAAAGAACCAUUCUCAGCACCAAAAUGGUCAUGCUCACUAG